AUGGGUUUCAAACGGCAGCGAUUGAUGGAUCAGGGGUCUUCAUAUUAUGGAACUCCUCCUGCUCCUAGCUAUAUAUACAAUGCUCCACCUCCACCACCUCCUUCGUAUUCUUGCAUUCCCCCGCCUUUCCCUGUGGUUCGGCUUCGAGGCCUCCCCUUUGAUUGCACGGAGGCUGAAAUUGUUGAUUUCUUCUAUGAUUUAGAUGUAGUAGACGUCCUGUUUGUCCACAAGGGGGGGCAAGUCCACUGGGGAAGCUUAUUGCGUUUUGGAAAGGAUGAAUACCAUAAGGCCAUAGCAAAUGAAAUUUACGAUUCACAGGGUGGUUUGUCUCGUCGUGGUGUACCGAGGGCUAGAUCUUUUGAUGAGAAGGACCUGGCAGAGUAUACUGGGGUCCUGCAAUUGAGGGGGUUGCCGUACACUGCCAGCAAGGAGGACAUUAUGGUUUUUUUUAAGGAUUUUGUGCUUUCUGAAUCCAAAAUUCAUAUGAUAGCUAAUUCAGAGGGAAGGCCAACUGGAGAAGCGUUUGUGGAGUUUGCAAGUGCUGAAGAUUCGAAAGCUGCUAUGUCUAAGGAUAGGAUGACCCUGAAGUAUCGCUAUAUAGAACUUUUCCCUUCAUCACAGGAGGAGUUGGAAGAAACAGCUUCCAGUGGCAGGUUAUUGACAAAAUCGUUUGAAGGGAAGGACAUGGGUGAACCAACAACUGUAGUACGAAUGAGGGGAUUGCCAUUUUCAGCUGGAAAGAGUGACAUUAGAUUUCUUUAA